GCAGGAGGAGGAGGAGGAGGAGGAGGCUUGGAGGUUUGAGCCGAAGUUUGGUGAAAUCUGUUGUUUGUUUGCAGGCCAAGUGACGGCAGGUCCAGUGCGAUGUCUGUCAAAGUCAUCCGGGCACCAUCUGACACAUGUGCGUCCUGCAGCCUGUGGUGAGACAAUAAAGGAAGCAGCGGAUCAGAGGGGACUGGCUGUUUGUGGAGCUCCAAAUUAGCCUGCAUUUCAUCCGGUUUCUCUCUUUUUUUUUUUAUCAGCUUUGAGUCUUAAAACAAGCUGAUCCAACUAAUCCCAGUGUCCGGACACGUGUAUCCUCCUCCUCCCACUGGUUCUUCUGCACUAUCCGGAUAAAAGUUUUUUUUUUUUUUGCUUUGCAGAUAGGAAACAUGUCGCAUAGCAGAAGUAUCGAAUUCGAACACUUUGAGGAGCGAGAGAAGCCGCAUCGGACACCCAGAGCAAACUCGGGCUCCGGUGGGUCGCAGUCCGGGUCCAGAGGAGCCAACGGUCUGGUCCCCAGCCCUGCGCACAGUGCGCACUGCAGCUUCUACCGCACACGCACUCUGCAGGCGCUCACAUCCGAGAAGAAAGCAAGAAAAGUGCGGUUUUACAGGAAUGGGGACAAGUAUUUUAAAGGUUUGGUGUAUGCAGUGUCUCAUGACCGCUUCAGGUCUCUGGAUGCUCUGCUCAUGGAACUCACAAGGUCCCUGUCAGAUAAUGUCAACCUUCCCCAAGGAGUCAGGAUGUUAUACACGGUGGAAGGAGGCAGGAAGAUCACCAGUCUGGAUGAGUUAGUGGAAGGUGAAAGCUACGUCUGCGCCUCUAACGAACCCUUCAGACGUGUCGACUACACCAAGAACGUCAACCCCAACUGGUCUGUGGGCAGCAAAUCUGGUACUUCGCGCUCCCUCUCAUCUCUCAUCCCGAUGAAGAACGAGCACCAGCGCGAGUCAAAGGAGUUUAUUAAACCCAAGCUCGUCACAGUUAUCCGCAGUGGUGUAAAACCUCGGAAGGCGGUGAGGAUACUGCUGAACAAGAAAACGGCGCACUCUUUCGAACAGGUUCUCACUGAUAUCACAGACGCUAUCAAGUUGGACUCGGGUGCCGUGAGGAGACUGUACACUUUGGAAGGCAAACAGAUUACCUGCCUGCAGGACUUCUUUGGAGAGGACGAUGUGUUUAUUGCAUGUGGUCCAGAGAAAUAUCGCUAUGCCCAGGAUGACUUUGUGUUGGAUCACAGCGGUAAGGCUUCCAAAGCCUUUAUGACUGAAUGCAGAGUGCUGAAGUCAUCGUACAGCCGUUCUGCGACUCCGAACCGGACUAAGAGCCCGGGUUCUUCUCGACGCAGCAAAUCCCCCGGCGCUGCAAGACGACCUGUCCACUAUUCCACCAGCCAUUCUCCAAUCAAAUCCCCAGUUAACGGUGUCUCAGGCAGCCACAUCUCAACUCCUAAAUCCAAUAAGUCCUCCACUCCAUCUCCUACCAGUCCUCGAACUCCGGGUUUUAAGAUACCACCUUCACAUCACAUCUCCUCUUCAAAUAUAAAUGGAUCACUGAGCAACCACCAAGAGCAAACCAACCGCCUGAGUCCAGAAGUUAACGGCAAUCGCUACCUGCCUGCCUCAACCAUCACAGAAAAAUACAAGGUUGGCAAGGUCAUCGGAGACGGUAACUUCGCUGUGGUCAAGGAGUGUGUGGAGAGGUCCACAGGGAAAGAGUUUGCACUGAAGAUCAUCGACAAGGCCAAGUGCACCGGAAAGGAGCACCUCAUAGAGAAUGAGGUCGCUGUGCUCCGGAAGGUGAAACACCCGAACAUCAUCAUGCUGAUUGAAGAAGUGGACACGCCCUCGGAGCUCUACCUGGUCAUGGAGCUGGUCAAGGGCGGUGAUUUAUUUGAUGCCAUCACAUCUUCGGCCAAAUACACAGAACGAGACGCCAGCAUUAUGGUGUACAACCUGGCCGGAGCUCUGAAGUACCUGCACAGCAUGAACAUCGUCCACAGAGACAUUAAACCAGAGAACCUGCUGGUGUUCGAGUUCCCGGAUGGAACCAAGUCGCUGAAGCUGGGUGACUUUGGGCUGGCCACAGUGGUGGAGGGACCCCUAUACACCGUAUGUGGAACGCCUACAUAUGUAGCUCCAGAAAUCAUCUCUGAGUCUGGUUACGGUCUGAAGGUUGACAUCUGGGCGGCCGGCGUCAUCACCUACAUCCUUCUGUGUGGGUUCCCUCCAUUUAGAAGUGAGAGUAACCUGCAGGAGGACCUCUUUGACCAGAUCCUUCUGGGCCAUUUGGACUUCCCCAGUCCGUUCUGGGACAACAUCACUGACUCAGCCAAGGAGCUGAUUGGAAAGAUGCUGCAGGUCAACGUCGAGGCUCGAUACACGGCACACGACGUCCUGUCCCACCCUUGGGUUACGGACGAAGUCGUUAUAGACAACAACAUGAAGAUGGAGGUGACAGGUAAACUGAAGACGCACUUUAACGCUGCGCCAAAGCACAACGCCACCACCGCUGGGGUGUCGGUCAUCAUGAACACAGCUCUAGAUAAGGAGGCCCUUCAGAUCACCAGCCGUCACAGUCCGGGGAUCCCAAAGGCGCCGCCGUCCCCGGUUAGCGUCCCAGUCCCCCCCGCCUUCCCAGUCAAACCAGCCUCGCCAACAAAACCAGCGCCGGCUUCUCCGACCAAACCACCCCCACCUGAAAGCCCCUCUACCGAAGCCCCACAGUCUGUGGGCGUGGCCUCUCCCACCCACACUGCCCCCCCAGAGGCUCCCGGUCCAGCUGGGGCCGACUCCUCUAAUCCCGCCUCCUCUCAGUUCCCAACCAAUAGCGACCUGUUAGCUCCUCGGCUCCACCUCCCCCCCCCCUCCUCCUCCUCCUCCUCCUCUUCUGCUCCUGUAGGUUCUCUUCAGUUCUCUCCCUCCCCCUCCGCUGAAACCCUCCCCUCUUUACCCGCCUCGUCUGCUCCUGAAAUACAAACCUCACCCACGUCGCCCUCGGCCGCUCCCUGCUCGUCCGCAGAAGCCCCGCCUCUUUUCACCUGUGCCACUCCUUCCUCACCUGUCUCCUGCCCGUCCCCUUCAUCUCCGACCGUACUCACCCACGCCCCCUCCUCUUCCUGCUCUCCUACCAAAGAAGCGCUGCCUCCGUUCUCCUCCCCCUCCCCCGUCUCCCCCGUCCAACCCGUCGUGUUCUUUCCCCGCUCGUCCUCGAGCCAAGAAGCCCCGCCCUCCCCUUCUCACAUCCACCCGACCCUGUUCCCCUCACCUCCGUCCACACCUCCCCGUUCGAGCCCCCCCUCCCCCACCGCUCUACCUGCUGAGGAGCUCACAGAGAGCGUCUAAACCACAGGUGUCGAACAUGCCACCUGCUUGCCAACCCCCCACCCCCCACCCCCCAAA